GAAGCUGCGCUACGGAAAGAGGGAGGAGACUGCGGCGGCCGCAGCGGCGGGUAGGACCCCGAUGUGGCAGAGGGGCCGCCGCCGCCGACUGCAAGGCGGAGGGCGCGCGAGUAGAGCGCUGGGGACCCCGCCGCUGUCUCUUCGCCUGCCCCUACCGCCUUCCUAGACGCUUACGUAUCUUCCCUUCCCAGCUUUUGCUAGCACCGGUCUCGUCGGCUGCUGAUCCUCCUUGGCCGCAAGCUCAGAGCAGAGGAAACACCGAGGUAUGAAGACCCCCCACAAAAAGGCAGCCCUAGGGCAGCGAACCAGGUCAGCUGUAGGUGGCCAGACUGGAUCUGCAAAUAUGAGGAAGAAAAAGACCUCCCCAAAGAAGCAGAGGGGCAGACCUUGUUUCCAGUCCCGCAGGAACAUCGUAGGCUGCAGAAUUUCACAUGGAUGGAAGGAAGGUGAUGAGCCCAUCACUCAGUGGAAAGGAACCAUUCUGGAUCAGGUGCCUAUAAAUCCCUCUCUUUAUCUGGUGAAGUAUGAUGGAAUUGACUGUGUCUAUGGACUGGAACUUCAUAGAGAUGAAAGGAUUUUAAAGCUUAAAAUCCUUCCUGAUAAGGUGCCAUUUUCUCGAGUCAGAGACGUGCGCCUUGCAAAUACCAUAAUUGGAAAAGCAGUAGAACAUAUGUUUGAGGGUGAACAUGGUUCUAAGGAUGAAUGGAGGGGGAUGGUCUUAGCCCAAGCACCUAUCAUGAAAGCCUGGUUUUAUAUUACCUAUGAGAAAGAUCCGGUCUUAUACAUGUACCAGCUUUUAGAUGAUUAUAAAGAAGGUGACCUCCGUAUCAUGCCAGAGUCAAACGAGUCUCCUCCAGCAGAGAGAGAGCCAGAAGGAGUUGUAGAUGGCCUGAUAGGUAAACAUGUGGAAUAUACCAAAGAAGAUGGCUCCAAAAGGACAGGCAAGGUCAUUCACCAAGUUAAAGCCAAACCCUCUGUGUAUUUCAUCAAGUUUGAUGAUGAUUUCCACAUCUAUGUCUAUGAUUUGGUGAAAAAGUCCUAACUGUUAUGAUAAAAGUUGGCAAAUUUGUGGAAGCAAAUGUCUAAUUUGUAGACAUAAAAAAAGUUACUUUUCAGUGUAUUGAAAGUUUAAAGGUCCCUGUUAACCCAUCAUCUUUGCCAGCAUAACUGUUGUUUUGUUCUGAAAAAUACAAAUUUAUAUGGACAUAAAAAAACAAAAAACAAAAAACAAAAAACCUUACCAAGUUGACAUUCAUUUGCUCUUACUCAUGUAAAAACAUUCUUAUCUUUGU